AUGGCCUGCAAGUACUCGACACUCAUCGACUCCUCCCUGUACGACAGGGAAGGACUUUACCCUGGAAUGGAUCUCAGGAGGCAUAUGGCCGGUGAGCUUAAGAGGCUGGUGCUUUCAGGGCCCAAGAAGACUGGCGCCGCUUGCUUCAUAAGUGGCGCGGUGCCAGAGUGUCACCCUGAUAGAAUGGAGAUCAUCGCUUACGCACUGGAGUUUGGUUUCAUUCAUGACGAUGUCAUCAAUACGGAUGUCAACGAUGCCUCAUUGGAUGAGGUGGGACAUGCCUUAGAUCAAAGUCAAACUGGCAAGAUCGAAGAUAGGGGCUCCGAUGGAAAGCGUCAAAUCGUCACUCAAAUCAUGCGCGAAAUGAUGGCAAUUGAUCCAGAGAGAGCGAUGAGUGUCGCUAAGAGCUGGUCCUCUCGCGUCCGACAUUCAAGCAGACGGAAGGAGGACACAAACUUUAAGACACUUGAGCAGUUUGUCCCCUACAGGGCCCUCGACGUCGGGUACAUGCUCUGGAACGGCCUCGUCACAUUUGGCUGCGCAAUUACAGUCCCCGAUGAAGAGGAGGAAGAGGCAAAGAGGCUUAUCAUACCUGCGUUGAUCCAAGCGUCGCUGCUGAACGACCUCUUCUCCUUCCAGAAGGAGAAGAACGAUGCUAGUAUCCAGAACGCUGUCUUGAUUGUCAUGAAUGAGCAUGGGUGUAUCGAAGAAGCAAGAGAUAUCCUCAAGAAACGCAUCCGCCUUGAAUGUGCCAACUACGUCCACAAUGUCAAGGAGACCAAUGCGUGGGUGGAUGUCAGUGAUGAGCUGAAGAGGUACAUCAAUAUCAUGCAGUAUACCCUAUCUGGCAAUGCAGCCUGGAGUACGAAUUGCCUGCGGUACAACGGACCUACCAAGCUUAAUGAGUUGCAGUUGCUGAGAGGCGAGCACGGCCUGGCGAAAUACCCGCCAAGGUGGUCACCGGAGAACAGAACCAGCGGCCUCGUUGAGGGUGAUUGUCACGAAUCCAAGCCAAACGAGCUCAAGAGGAAGAGGAAUGGCGUCAGUGUGGGUGACGAAAUGACGACGAAUGGCACUGUUGGCGCCAAGAAGCCAGCGCACAUCUCACAACCGAGCACGGAUUCGAUUGUUCUAGAGGAUGUGGUGCAGUUGGCGCGUACUUGCGAUUUACCGGACUUGAGUAAUAAGGUUAUUCUCCAACCAUACCGGUAUCUUACCUCCCUCCCCUCUAAGGGUUUCCGAGACCAAGCCAUAGAUUCUAUCAAUAAAUGGCUGAAGGUGCCCCCGAAGUCGGUGAAGAUGAUCAAAGACGUCGUCAAGAUGCUGCAUAGUGCAUCUCUCAUGCUCGAUGAUCUCCAAGACAACUCCCCACUACGUCGCGGCAAGCCCUCUACCCAUAGCAUCUACGGCAUAGCCCAGACAAUCAAUAGCGCAACGUACCAAUACAUCACAGCUACAGAUAUAACCGCCCAGCUCCAGAACUCAGAAAACUUUCAUAUCUUCGUUGAAGAGUUACAGCAGCUGCACGUGGGGCAGAGCUAUGACCUCUACUGGACGCACAACACGCUCUGCCCAACCAUCGCUGAGUAUUUGAAAAUGGUUGAUAUGAAGACGGGCGGCCUAUUUCGCAUGUUGACGCGGAUGAUGAUCGCCGAGAGUCCGGUCGUCGACAAGGUUUCAAACAGUGAUAUGAAUGUGUUCAUUUGCCUCCUUGGACGCUUCUUCCAGAUCCGCGAUGACUAUCAAAAUCUCGCUUCAGCUGACUACGCAAAGGCGAAGGGGUUUGCCGAGGGUCUCGACGAAGGGAAGUAUUCCUUCACGCUAAUCCACUGCAUUCAGACUUUGGAGUCACAGCCCGAGCUCGCAGGGGAGAUGAUGCAGUUGCGGGCGUUCCUCGUGAAGAGAAGGCAUGAGCACAAACUUAGCCAAGAGGCCAAGCGAGAGGUGUUAGCGACCAUGAAGAAAACGGAAAGCUUGCAGUACACACUCAGCGUUCUGUGGGAAUUGCACGGAGAGUUGGAGAAGGAAGUUGAAUAUUUAGAGGCGAAGUUUGGCGAGGAGACCUUCACACUCAGAGUGAUGCUAGAGUUGCUGAAGGUCUAA